AACAUGAUCUGGAAUGCUUAAAGACCCUUCUCCAAUGGCUUCCCCUCUAACCCUCAGAUGCUGGAGCUUCUUCUUAGCUCUGCUUUGCUUGUCUACAAAAUGUUGCAAGUCAGAGCAGAAUGCAGUGGACAUUGUUGCGAAAGCAUUAAUAUGCUUCAACAAUCACUAUGUCUAUAGCAGCUGCCAAGAAUCAUAUAGACUAAGUGCAGAAGGGACCAUCCAUUGUCCUCUAGAGGCAACCGAUGAGUACUGCAAUGGUCCAUGUCUUGUUGAGACCAAUCUUGUGCUUGACUGCGUGGAUAACAUAUUGUACAAUUUCCAAUUUUACAAUGGUGCAACCAUUCAAGAUGUGAAGUAUACUCUCAACAGUGGAUGUGGUCAGACCAGCAAGAGAGGGGACUUCAAUGUUUUGGAACGCAUGAAAGGUGAUGAAGAAGAGCAUGGUUACCAUGGCCAUGGGAACAAGCUGGGCAUUCCUAUGCACCUGAUGCUAAUUUUAGGCUGUGUUCUGCUUCUAUGGGGCUUGUGAUAGUAUGCUGAACUUAGAAGACUAGUCUUGUAUGUAAUGUGGGUAUUUUUGUGAACUUGAACAAGUAUGCAAUUCUCUUUAUUCAAGUCUCUUGUAAUCAAUUAGUGCCCCAGAAGUAAAAGUUAUGUGGGGGAAAGCUAUUUGAUAUAUGCAAACCCUUCUUGCAAAAUAGAUAUGACUCAGUUUAUGUAUGAAAUGAAAGUCGAACCUAUACCAAUAUGCAUGAUUAUGAUA